CGCCUGCGCCGAGCCCCGGCUGGCCCCGGAGCGAGCCGAGCGGAGCCGAGCCGAGCCGAGCGGGAGCGCAGCCAUGCCGGGGCUGCUGCUGGGCGACGAGGCGCCCGACUUCGAGGCGGACACCACGCAGGGGCGCAUCCGCUUCCACGACUUCCUGGGAGACUCAUGGGGCAUUCUCUUCUCCCACCCGCGGGACUUCACACCCGUCUGCACCACAGAGCUUGGCAGGGCAGCAAAGCUGGCACCUGAGUUCCAGAAGCGCAACGUGAAGAUGAUUGCCCUCUCUAUUGACAGUGUCCAAGACCACCUCUCCUGGUGCAAGGACAUCAACGCCUACAACGGGGAGCAGCCCGAGGAGAAGCUGCCGUUCCCCAUCAUCGCCGAUGCCAAGCGGGAGCUGGCUGUCAAGCUGGGCAUGCUGGACCCAGAUGAGAGGGACAAGGAUGGCAUGCCCCUGACUGCUCGUGUGGUGUUUGUUUUUGGCCCGGAUAAGAAGCUGAAACUCUCCAUCCUCUACCCAGCUACCACGGGGAGGAACUUUGAUGAGAUCCUGAGAGUGGUGGACUCCCUGCAGCUAACAGCAUACAAGAAGGUUGCUACCCCUGUGGACUGGAAGCCUGGUGACAGCGUCAUGGUUGUGCCUACCUUAGCCGACGAGGAAGCCAAGAAGCUCUUUCCCAAAGGAGUCUUCACAAAGGACCUGCCAUCGGGCAAGAAGUACCUGCGCUACACCCCGCAGCCCGAGUGAGCAGCUCUGCCCAGCCCUCCGGCAGGCUGCGCGGCCUGCAGCUGCAGGACCCUCCUCACCGCAGCGCCUGCCUCCCUGGCACCACACGAGCAGCAGCCUCCUACCACCACACCGAUGGUGCAUCACAAUACUAAACCAGACCUCCCUAUCCCUUUUGUCCCCCACGCCCCCUCCAAACUAAAACCCUGGGUGUUUUCUUACCUUGGGCAGCCCCACAUGGAAGAGCUUAGGCCAGUGAGGGCUCACAUUAUGGAGUCUCUCCUGCUUGGCACUAGCUGGAGCUUUUCUAGGAGGCAUGGUGAGAAACAUGGUGCCAGCAGCCAGGACCAGGAGUGUCCUGCUGGGCUCACGCUUCCUGUUAGGGAGCUCCAGGGGCUCCAAACUGCUGCCUGCCUUUUGGAGUAGCCAUCACUAACAACACCCUGGGUCCCAUGUGUAGUGAAGAAGCUGCAGCACCAGAUCUCUCACUUGUACUGCUUUCUCAUCUCUUGCUGGAAGGUCACUGUUGUCAGGUUUUGUGAAAGAGGGAAUGGAGUAAAUAAACUGAUCUUCAGAACUA